AUGGUUGCAUUGGAGAGGAAACGUAAGGUUUCUAAUAACCGUGAAAAUGGGGUUAAGAAAUUGAAAUCGAAGGCUGCGACCUCAUCCUUUAUUUUACAUUCAUAUUCGAAAUUGCCUGAUAUCAAUGGUACUCCAACAGUGAGGACUGUUCCACUCGAUAUCUUUGUCUGGGGUACCGGAUCGAUGUGUGAGCUAGGACUUGGGCCCUCGGCGAGCACAAAGGAAGUAAAGAGGCCAAGGUUAAACAAAUUCCUCACAAGCGAAUUUUUGAAUGGCCACCAUAUAGUUGAUUUUGCUGUUGGGGGAAUGCAUACCCUCGCCUUAGAUUCUGCAAAUAAUGUUUGGUCAUGGGGAGGAAAUGAUAGUGGAGUCUUGGGUAGAAAUACCUCAAACGCCAAAGAAGGAUUAAAAGAUAUCGAUGCUAAUGAAUCUGAAGAUGAUGAAGAUGGUGAUUUGAACGAAGCAGAAUCGACCCCAGGAAAAGUUGAAGGUUUGUCUAAUAUCAAGGGAUCAAAAAUUGUUCAGUUGACUGCCACAGAUAACUUGAGUGCCGUGUUAUAUGAUAAUGGAGAUGUAUAUGCUUGGGGUUGUUUUCGUUGCAAUGAGGGUUUGUUAGGCUUCUUGAGAGAUGAAAUAAAAUUACAAAAAACUCCUUUAAAAAUCACCCAGUUGCAAAAUAUCAUCCAGCUUGCAGGUGGGAAGGACCACAUCUUGGCAUUAGAUAAGAAGGGAAUUGUUUUUGCAUGGGGAAAUGGACAGCAGUUUCAAUUGGGCAGACGCAUAUUAGAAAGGCAUAGAUAUCGGGCCCUUGAGCCACAGCAAUUUGGCUUGUAUAAUAUAAAAUAUAUAGCUAGCGGUGAUUUUCAUUGUUUUGCGAUCGAUCAUGCUGAUAAUGUGUAUGCGUGGGGAUUGAACCAGUAUGGCCAGUGUGCCUUAACAGAUUCCAAUGGUGAAUUAGAGGACGGUUCUUUAAUAACUAAACCCACUAAGAUUUCGAUUUUGUCCCAAAAAGAUAUUACACAGAUUGCAGCUGGAGAGCACCACACUUUGGCACUCACUAAAUCUGGUGAAGUAUUAGCUUGGGGUAGGUAUGACAUGAAAGAGGUUGGAAUCGCAAAAAACAAACUACCGGAAGGUACGUAUAAGGAUGCCCAUGGAAAUCCAAGGUCUGUUCCGGUUCCGACGAAACUUCAAUUUGGAUCAAAAGAAGACAACGGUGUAAAAAUGAAAGCAAUUGGAGCAGGAUCACAUCACUCAUUUGCAGUUACAGAUGAUGGAAUGGUCUAUGCAUGGGGAUUUGGUGACACAUAUGCGCCAGGAUUAGGUCCCUUGGAUGAUGAUGUGGAAACACCCACCAGAAUAGUCAAUACAGCCACCAAAAAUUACGACAUUGAGUUGAUAGGUGCAGGGGGUCAAUUUUCUGUUAGUGGAGGUGUUAAAAUUCUUGACGAAGAUAAGUGGGAAGAUAGACUUGAAAAGUACGAUGAAAUAGACAGCUAA